AUGGUCUCCGCAAUGAAGCCGCUUGUGGUCUGCCUCACGCUCUUCUUUUCAACACCAAACAUCGGUGCAGUGGCUGCCUUGCACAACCAUCAUCAACACCAUGCGAUCCACAACAGUUAUCACAUCCACGCACGGCAGAGCAACAUCACCACCAAUGGCACGGCAAGCAAUGCCACUGGGGCGGGCAGCGUCGAAGAUCUCGUUUCGAGGGCCCAGGCAGUCCUCCGGGACGUGAACGGCCAGAUCCUGCGAAGCCCGCUCACUAUCCGCUACCGACGUCCGAAUAAAGCAGAGGUACAAGGACAGACGCAGCCUGCCCCUCCUCUGGAUAUCGUUAGCAAUACCACGACUCUGUGGGCGCGCCACGGCACCAAGAGAGCGUUGAACGGUACAACUAGUGAUGUGGGCACUUACACCAUUCCCGACAAUAUUGCAGAGGCUGCCAAAUUGGUCGCCAAGAUCGCGAGUACUGCUUUGGGCACUGGGGUCCUUGAUCUCGGUGACGAGCUGCGACAAAAGUGGCAGGGGAGCAAGAACGACACAGCCACACCUGGGCAGGCAAUACAAACGGACAAUGGCCUCUGGACGUUUGUGGGGGCUGACGGCGAUGAGAUUAUUGAACCCGGUUCCGCGGCCGGCGACCCAUCCGAUAACAUCACCAAGAGGCAAGCGGCCAAGCCAGUGUUCUGGAUGGAGACGAUUUCGCAAAACGGCAGAGCCCCGUUUGCCCCGGAAGGGUACAAGGUCUGGAGAAACGUGAUGGACUAUGGCGCGAAGGGCGACGGCACAACGGACGACACAGAAGCCUUCAACCGGGCCAUCUCCGACGGAGAACGCUGCAAGACACCGCGAUGUGCAGGUGUGACGACCCGGCCCGCCACAGUAUACGUCCCCAGCGGCAUGUACCUCAUCUCCAGCCCAAUCGUGCACUUCCCGAACACGGAGCUUCUCGGAAAUCCCCUAGACCGCCCCGUCAUCGCGGGAAGCAGCUCGUUCGUGGGCCUUGGCGUCAUUACCUCGAGCGCCUACACCACCCGCAAUGCCGAGUGGUACAUUGGCGGCGGCGGGAGCGGCAGCAACUCCCACCGCAGCAUUCGCAACCUGGUGAUCGACCUGCGCGGCGUGCCGCACGAGGCGCACAUGGCGGGCAUCCACUGGCAGGCCGCGCACGCGUCGUCUGUCGAGAACGUGGACAUAUACAUGGGCGAUCGAGCCAGCCACCCGAACACCACACACGUCGGCAUCUACGUAGAGAACGGCGUUGGCGGGUUCUUAGGAGACCUGGUGCUCGUGGGCGGGCAGUACGGCAUCGCGCUGGGUAACCAGCAGGCUGUGACAUACAGUGGCAUCAUUAUCAGUGGGGCGAGGACUGCCAUCGCUGUCCUGGGUGGGGAGACGCUAUCUUCGACAAUGCUGGACGUCGUCAUCUCGGGUUGCCAGAUUGGUGUCGCCAUCCAUCCUGAGGGCAACGGCACUAGCUCAAAUUCCCCGUCCACCGAUGAAGAUGCCGAUGGUGAUCUGCGUGGGACAGAGUCAUUCUCCAUCACCGACAUGAGAGUGCUUGACACGGUGAUUGGGAUAACCGUAAACGAGGCACGCCUGCGAUCCCGGGGGCACGGAAUAAUGCUAUACAACACGGGCUUUGCCAACGUCGAGCACUUUGUGCAGGAUUCUACUAGCCACCGCGACAUCCUUGCUGGAGGGGCCAGCUCUGGCCGGCUGGAGAUAGAGCGGUAUGACAUUGGCCACAUGCUCGACGGCCAUGACCUCUUUGCCUCUGCGUGGCCGUCGAAUGAGGCCAGCGCCGCGCCGGUGCGCAACGCCUCGCUCGUCAGCAGCACGGCCACGACCAGCGGACUGCCGCAGGGGCCGCAGUACACGCGGCACCGACCAUCGUACGGCGACCUCGGGGGCUACCAGGUGCUCGACGCCCGAGAGCACGGGGCCCACGGGGACGGCGAGACGCGCGACGACCUGGUGCUCAACGCCAUCCUGCGGACGGCCGCCAACCUGUCGGCCGUGGUGUACCUGCCCUACGGCGUGUACCGGCUCGAGGACACGCUCCGGAUGCCCGUGGGGACUCGUCUGGUCGGGCAGGCGUGGCCGCAACUCAUGGCUGCGGGCGCCCGGUUCAACAACCAGACGGCCACGCAGCCGGCGGUGCGCGUGGGCGAGCCGGGCGAGCAGGGUAUCGUCGAGCUGCAGGGCCUGACGUUGACAUCCGAGGGCCCUGCCGCCGGGGCCGUGCUGCUCGAGUGGAACGUGCAUCAGGGCGGGCAGGGCUCGGCCGGGCUGUGGGACUUGCACGUGCGGGUGGGCGGGAGCCGCGGCACGCGGCUGGACGCGCAGCGGUGCCUGGCCGGGCCGGGCGCGUCCGCGGCCGAGUGCGCCGGCGCGGCGCUCAUGGUGCACGUGACGGCCGAGGCAUCGGCAUACAUGGAGAACGUGUGGCUGUGGGCUGCCGAUGCCGAUGCCGAUGCCGACGCCGACAGCGCCGGCGCGGCUCCGGCGCUGGACGUCGGGGCGGGCCGGGGCCUGCUGGUGGAGAGCCGGCGCGGGCCGACGUGGCUUUACGGGCUGGCCGUCGCCCACGCCGCGCUCUACCAGGUACAGCUCGUCGAGGCCCGCAACGUCGUCGUCGCCGGCCUCCGCACCAUCACGCCCCCGUCCCAGCCCGUCCCGGCCCCGCCCGGCCUGUUCGCCAACUCAUACUUUGCACAGGAUCCGGCCUACGGCGAGUCCGCCUGUGGCGGCGGCGGCGGCGGCGGCGGCGGCACCUGUGCCAUGGCCGCGGGCUUGCGCGUCGUGGGCUCGUCCGGCCUGCACGUCGUCGGCGCCGGCUUGUACAGCCUGGGCAACACUGCCGAGCACAUGCACGACGCGGGCUGUGCCGACGACCUGCAGGACACGCUGCUCCUCCUCGAGCAGCAGUUGCCGGACGAUGCCGUCUGGAUCCUGGGGUUGAGUAUCGCCGGCGCCAAGCAGAGCCUGCCGUCCGGGCUCACCCGCCGCGCCGACGGCGGCGACACUGUUGCCUUUGCCGGCUACAAGCUGUAUACUGAAGAGCAGGUGGCAUCCCUGGCCAUGCCGGUUGGGUGUAAGCGGUCGCUGGCUGCGACCGUCUUCUGCCACGACUAUACGGCCGACUUUGUCAAGGUGGCGUACCGCAAUAGCCCCGGUAAUAAGACGGUGACGGACGCCGUGUGCGCGCCGUCGUGCCUCGAGGCGGUACAGACGUGGGUGCGUAAUGUCGAGCGUUUCUGCCCGCGGCUGCAGUGGCCGAGCGGCCUCCCGGGGGCCGCAAAGGGCCGAUAUGUCUGGGCUGGCCUCAACGAGACGUGCAGCCUCGACGCGGCAACCGGCCGCUACUGUAACGACGUCAUUGACGCCUUUACAGUCAAGGCCAACUACGACAAGAUGCCUCGCAACGAGCUGUGCCAGCCCUGUUACACUGGCCGCCUACGCCUGAUGCAGUCUACCCCCUACUCGGCCUUUGGCACAUCGGCCUGGUACGGACAGGCAGCCGCCUACGUUAAUAAGCAGUGUGCCCAGCGCAUCCCGACGACGGCCCAGCCUCCCGUCGCAACACCUCUCCCAACGCCGCCGCCCUUCUGUGCGUCUGGCGUCUGGAUUACCUCGGCUACUGGCGAUACGUGCGACUCGCUGGCCCUGGUCCAUAACGUCUCGUCCGCCAGCCUCUUUUCGGGCAAUCCCAACAUUACUGCUUGCGCCGAGAUCGCUACUGGCAAGCGCCUCUGUGUGCCGCCAAAGUGCAACGUGCACAACGUCAAGGAUGACGAGUCGUGCUUGCUUAUCGAGGCCCUCAAUCUUCUUCGGCUUGGCUCCAUAAAGGCCUAUAAUCCCUGGAUCGAUCGCUUCUGCAGUAAUCUGCAGACCAGUCGCCGCAUCCUCGGCAGUGUCAUCUGCCUCUCGUCGCCUGGCGGGUCCUUCACACCCGGGACGCCCUCCAACACGUCGGUUGGCGUGCCAGGUAUCGGCACAGGGAACGGAGACGGUGGUGUCUACGACAAGGUCGCACCGGUGCCUGCCGGCGUUGCCGGGGUCGCGCCAGGCACGCUGACCAGCUCCUGUGGCGCAUGGGCUGUCGUCGCCCCCGCCAACGACACAUGCGCCGCCAUCUGCCGCAGGUCCGGCAUCACGGUCGACCUGUUGCGGAGACUGAACCCGGCUAUCCCCCAGGACAGGGACUGCACCGCAUCGCUCAGCCCAAACGUGGCCUACUGUGUCGGGCAGUACAGCCCUCCGCUAAUGGUGCCGCCGGGGGCUCUGCAUUUCACCGACUCGGGCUGCUGGCGGGUGCCGGCGACGGCAGUGUCCGCCUCGUCGCUCGCUGUGUCGACAGCCGUGAGCGUCGCCGGGAAUGCUACUCUCUCACCGCCAGACUGCGUCCAGUAUUGUGCUGCCCACGGCCUCGGUCCGAAUCUGGGAAACAUGGCCGCGCUCCUCGGCGGUCACACGUGCCUCUGCGCAGAGCACCUCGAGCCCGACGCGGAGCGCGUGCUAGACGACACCUUCUGCGCCACCCCGUGCUCGGGAUACGCCCAGGAGUACCCGCAGUGCGGCGGCGCUGCCGCCGGAGCCGCCGGCGUGGCGGUCAAGGUGUACUCGUACGGCGACGAGGAAGGGUUCCGGCCGUACCUGAACCGCGCCUCCGUGCCCCACGGGUGCUACCUCGACGGCGAGGGCCACAACCUGGGCGACGUCGAGUGGUUCACCCUCGCCGGGAUGACGCUCGACGAGUGCCACCGCGGCUGCCUGCCGCGGUACCGCUACUUUGGCGUCGCCAACGGGACAGACUGCUACUGCGGCAACGGGCUCGGCAACGGCACGCGCCUCGCCGACGACCAGACGCGGUGCAACGUGCCGUGUCCCGGCGACUCGAGCCAGAUCUGCGGCAGCCCUGGCAGACUCAGCGUGUACGGGCUGUCCAACACGCCCCCGAAACCUCUGGCCCCCCUGGAAUAA